GGCUGCAUGCAUGCAUGUGGACGCUGUUUUUGUGUCCGGCGUCCCCGGAGUCUCUACCGAGGACGCCGAACACAAAAUGAGGCGCUAAUUAGCUUUGGAGGACGCGACUGGACAGCUUUUUUCCCCAUUUCUUGUCCGCGGUCCCCCAAACCUUGUUUGGGGACGUGACUGGAGAUGCUCUUAGAUCCAAUAAAGACGCCGCGGCCGCCUCCCUGGGAUUUCGACAUCAAAGAUCUCCCGGAUCGUACUAUCACGGCGAGGCGGAUGGCCGGCGACGAGGUGAAGCCUGCUGACUCAGCCAACGGGGACGCGGCCGCCACCGACCCGCAGCCGACGCGCCUGCCGGACGACGUGCUCGCCAACGUCCUCCGCCGCGUCCCUCCGCGCUGGCUCGCCGCGUCCCGCUGCGUCAGCAGGGCCUGGCGCGACGCCGUCGACGGCCGCCGCCUCCUGCGCGCCGACCUGCUCCCGCUCGCCCUCGCCGGCCUCUUCAUCCACUUCGACGACCACAAGUUCCCGGAAUUCCUCGCCCGCCCCUCGCCCCGUGCGGUCAGCGGCAGCCUCAGCUUCCUGCCGUCCACCAGCCCCCAUUGCGGCCAUAUCUGGGAUGACGACUGCCAUGAUUGGCGCGACUACAGCAUCCAAGAUCACUGCAACGGCCUCCUCUUGCUUAGCAAUAACCGCGUGGUUAACCCUGCUACGCGAUGGUGGAAUACUCUGCCGACUUGCCCGUCCGAGCACGAUACCGGGAGUGUGCUGUACCGUGAGCAUCUAGUCUAUGAUCCAGUGUUAUCGCCCUACUACGAGGUGUUUAUGAUCCCCACUUUGGGUAAGAAUCGUCCUGGAGACAAGGUAGACACCUCUGAAUGGGCACCAUCCCUAUGCAAGAUGUAUGUAUUCUCAUCAAAGUCGGGAUGUUGGGAGGAGAAGAAUUUCGCCAGAGAAGGGGAUGCUGCAGGGAUCUAUGGUGAGAUGCAAGUGAGUAGUCACGGGCGCUUCAAUGCGGUCUACUUGCGAGGAACACUUUAUGUGCACUUCAGAGCUAAUUUUGUUAUGAGGAUAUCAGUGUCUAAUAAUACCUAUAGCGUAAUUAAACCACCAGUGGAUAUGGAAGAUGAUACCAGAGACGACUAUUAUCCAUAUGUUCAGAUUGCAAGAUCAAAAAGGGGGUUGUACUUUGUGGAGCUUGAUAAGGGUUGGCAUCGGAUGAAGUGCUGGCUUCGAGUUUGGAUCCUUAAUGAAUCGUGUGGCCAGAUGGAGUGGAUUUUGAAGCAUGACAAAGACCUGAAGCUCGUGCUAGCGCCUCAUCGGUUCUAUCAACGAGUUCAAUGGUUCUUAGAAGAUAUUAACUACAACAUGUUCCUUUCAUCUAGUUCCCCAGAAGACCACAAGAAAGCAACAAUUGAGAAUAAAUUUGAAUGGAACUCUGACAAUGAUGAAGACUUGGAUAUGGUUGGAGAAUGUUACUUGGAUGAAGAGCAUUAUGAUAAUUUAGAUCCUGAAGAUAUUGAGGUACUUGGGUUUCACCCAUAUAAAGAGACUGUCUUCUUGAGUGCAUCAGUCCGGACAGGAUUGGCAUAUCAUUUGAAUGGCUCGAAGAUUGAAAAAUUAGGAAAUAUAUACCCAAAGGAUUAUAUACAUUUCAAAGCGCUAAUUAAUGAAAGGGAAAGGAUCAAAUCUUUUGCAUACACGCCAUGCUGGGUUGAAGAGUUCCCUGGAAACAAAUAGUCUAGAAAUUCAUCAAACAUAGGAUUCUAUAUUAUUUACCAUCUACUUGAGCAAUAUAAGAAAUGGCUUGCACAUGAUGUUUGAGUUAUCUGUAUUGUCUGUGUGUGUACUUUAUGAGGAUUGGUUAAUUUUUACCCAAAAAUAGUUGCAAUUAUAUCUGAUUAUUUUUCUCUUGCGAGUGUUGUUAAUUUUGAAGUGUUGCUACUUGCUAUUGUAUGGUUUACCAGCUAGUUUCUUCUUUGAAUCAUGGACUCUUGGAAACAUGCAUUUCUCUACUUGUAUCAACCUUCCGGUUAGCUUCAGAUAUCUAUCUACGUACAAGGCAACAAGUAAGUUCGCUCAAAUUUAGCUGUUGAUGGUUUUUGGGAUGAGAGUAAUACGGAUUGAUUGUAAAUCAUUGUUGUACUUCCAACUUAUGUAUCUUUUUCUUGUAUGUACUGAUCAAAUGUUUCUAACUUCUUUAUCAGUAUUCAGGCUCAAAAUAACAGACUGUACUUGCAGUAGAACAAGAUCUCAGCUGCUUCUCAACCACUUUGGAUAGCCAAGAAGAAGCAAGCAAGGCAUUUGUGGGUUGUUUAUGUCCUUCUUGCUAUAUACUACAUGUCCUUGCGAGAUUUACUUCACCAACAGUUUGUAAUGCUUCGGAUAAGACACAAUAUAAAAAUUAGUACAGAAAUAUGUGUAGUAACUAAAGUAAGAACUGUAUUGUGAAUGUAAUCCCCAUGAUAAAUCUAAGAGUGCUACUCCAGUGUAAUUAGUUUCUGCACAUACUAGAGGUUAGGUUUACUGGAUGUUCAUCACUCAGAUUCUGAAGACGUGGGUACAUCUGAUUGGAGGAAUUUUGGUAUUGUAUUAGUUCAUUAAUUAUUGCCAUGGUAGGGCUGUAGGGACAUAUUAGAGCUAUUGCCAUUUGCCACACAAUGGGAGUGCUGGCGCUGAAUAGGUUCAUCUCCAUGCAGCGGGAGCGGCUAUGCCUUCUGUGAAUUCAAUCCUGUAAUAAGCCACAUACAUAUACGGAUUGUUUGGUUUUUUGGAGAAUAAUUUGCUUGGGAUCAGUAUAUUGCGAUCCCCAAUGUUA